AUGACGGCAGCCAAAGUUGCAAGACGCGGCUCGGACAGCCCUUCGAAGCCGUCUAGCACGACACUGUCGCUACCCUCCCGAAAGUCCUCCAAGUCCGGCUCACACAAUAACGCCGACUGGGCAGAAGUAACGGAUCCGGAAGAGAGGAGAAGGAUUCAGAACAGGAUCGCACAGCGCAAGUUUCGGGAGAAGAUGAGAGAAAACAAGGAAAAGUUGGAGCGUGAAUCUCGGAAUCAAGAGCAUGCCGGGAACAGUUAUCGGGUUCCCCUUCCAAACGAUGUCGUCGCUGACGAGAACUUGCUCUCCGGGCUACCGUGGGGUAGUAUGAGCCUGAGCCUUGUCGUCUCGCGAGGUUACGAAGCCGAAAGUCGACGAAGCAGUGGCCGUGGCACAUACAUUGGCGAUGAGCCUCACCAUGAGCCCCAGUACGCCGUGCCGUGCAGCGUGGGCUUGCACCAGCCAGCAAGCUACGGGAGCAGCGGUGGGGAGGAUGGCUAUUUUGACGAAACGAAUUACCUGUACCAAGCACCUGCCUUCAUGACGAUAUGA